AUGACUGACUCCAAAUCACAACCAACACCAAUGGUUUCAGGCCUUAAACUUCAAGCAAAUGGUUCAGCUGCCGUGACAGAUCCAACCUUCUAUAGAUCAAUUGUGGGUGGACUUCAAUACAUCACUAUUACAAGACCUGAACUCUCGUUUUCCAUCAAUAGGGUCUGUCAAUUCAUGCACAAUCCUCAAGAACAUCACUGGAAAGCAGUAAAAAGAAUACUGAGGUAUUUACAAGGAACAGUUCACUAUGGCCUACACCUCAAGAAAUCUUCUCAGCUGAAUUUAACUGCAUACUCUGAUUCAGAUUGGGGAUCAGAUUUGGAUGAUAGAAAAUCCACCACUGGAUUUUGUGUUUAUCUAGGGCAGAACCUAGUCUCUUGGUGUUCAAGAAAACAACAAGCUGUCUCCAGAAGUAGCACUGAAGCAGAAUAUCGUGGAAUCGCAGCUGUCACUGCAGAGUUGGUUUGGUUAAAGUCACUACUUAGUGAACUAUACAUCUCUGUUCCUGUUCCAAAAACAUAUUGUGAUAACCUUGGUGCAGUUCUAUUGGCAGCCAAUCCUAUUUUGCACUCUCGUACCAAACAUUUCGAACUUGAUUUAUAUUUUGUCCGAGACAAAGUGAUGAAAGGAGAAAUUCAAGUCAUUCACCUACCAGCAAGGUUUCAAGUUGCUGACAUCCUCACAAAGUCUCUCUCCAGUUUCCAGUUUGAAGAAUUUCGACACAAACUCAUGGUUACCUCCAAGGAUAACAUGAGUUUGAGGGGGGAUGUUAAGGAUAACAGAAAAAGAAUAAAAUCUGUUAGUUAG